UUCUCUUCUUUCUGUUCUAGACUGUCCUUUUAUUCGGGCCACUCUUCAUUCUCCAUGUACUGCAUGAUGUUCGUGGCACUUUAUCUUCAAGCCAGAAUGAAGGGAGACUGGGCAAGACUUUUACGCCCUACACUGCAAUUUGGUCUUGUUGCUGCGUCCAUUUAUGUGGGCCUUUCUCGAGUUUCUGAUUACAAACACCACUGGAGUGAUGUGUUGACUGGACUCAUUCAAGGAGCUCUGGUUGCAAUAUUAGUUGCUGUAUAUGUAUCAGAUUUCUUCAAAAAGAGAAAUUCUCCUUUUAAAGAAAGAAAAGAGGAGGAUUCUCAUACAACUCUGCAUGAAACACCGACGACAGGGAAUCACUAUCGGAACAGUCACCAGCCUUGAAGGUGGCAGAGUGCCCAGAUGAAGCUGGCCUGCUUUCUAAAGAAAAAUGAUUGCAACCAGAAGGCAAGAGGAUGCGUCUUUCUUCCCGGUGUACAAGCCUGUAAGGGACUGCUGCUACUAUACCUCUUGGAUGCCUACUUUACCUGUGUGUAUAUAGUUACAUUUAACACAAUGGUUAUCUAAUAGCUGUAAGUUCAUUUAAAAAAAUUUCAACGGCCUUUCACUAAACAAUGCCCCCCCUGUACAUUUUUUUAUUAAAAAAUGUAACGCUCA